AUGCGAAUGAAUGUCUGCAACGAAUGGACACAAAUAUAUUUCCCAAACUUCUGGUCCGCUCUUCAGUCAAAAGAUACCGAAGAGUUGGUCCGAGAGAUGCGACAAAUCAAAGGCAAGUUUAGUCCCGACUCUGACGGCGUCUCAGAUCUCAAGACAUGCCACAGAUUUAUUGGUCGACUUCGCCGUCAGUUCCUAAUGGCUCUCGAGUUGCGCUCCAAACAAGAAUUUGCCGGACUUUUUGGACGGAAACGUUCGGCUCUUAUUCGACUUCGAGUGUCCGACCAAACAGUUUACGCUGUUUUGGAUUCGGGCGCCGACUCUAGUCUUCUCGGCUCAUCGCUGGCCCGACGUCUCGGUCUCUACCAUACGAUUGACACCCGAAGGAAAUGGAGACGAAAGACGACCGGUUUUGGGGGUGAGAAGCGCUCUGUCGGCCAAAUCCAUGCUUUGGAUAUGGAGUUAGAGUCGGGCCGGGGGUUAAGGUUUCCCUUUUCGGUGAUCGAAGGGUUCGGUAAUAUUCUGAUUCUGGGACUCGACUUCUUGGAGUGGUUUCAGUGUUGUAUUGAUUUCAAUGAGAAAACUUUGUUAUCGAGAGCUAAACCAGUGGCCACUGCGACCGCCGGCCCAAUGGUCAGCGCAAAAGGUGUUCCCGAUUUGGAGGAAUUUCUCGAGAAACGGGAUUAUUCUGGCGCUAUAGCUCUGCUUCAG